AGAAAAAAGACUGCGUUGAGAAUGCGAUUUGACAGAAACUGAGUCGUGAUUCUCCGGUGGAGCCGUGGGUGGAUAAACGUCCCUGUUUACCUUCCCCUCCGCUGAGAUUAUUGUCGUGCCAGGUUGCCGAGUGGAUACAUGGACGACUCUUACCCACCGCUUUGGAGGUAACGUCUGCCGUUUGUUCCUCGACGUCUGUGUGUGGAAGAAAAAGGACUCGGAUCCCGGGGAUGUCCCCGUUUGUUUGGCCAAACAGAACAAACGUCGUUUAUAGGCUAAGCUAGCAGCAGCACAGCGUUACGGGUGGGGGUGGAUUAUUGUAACUCGGCCCUCUGAAAACCAAAUAUAAAAGAACUUGUCGGCAGUAUGUUGUAAAAUGAUGACAAGCGCUGACAGCAACGCUACCAAGAGGGAGCUUGAAGGUAAAGAAAUGUGGGUUGAUGAGUUUCGGAUGAACUCUCCCUAAAGAGACGGAAAGUGUGUCAGCUUAGCGGGGCUAGCGGUUAGCUUCAUGUAUUAAGGAAGUUAACUAGCCACCUUGCUAACUCGGUCAUAAAUGUAUCACCGGUCCAAGAGUCGAUACAAACGUCUGAGCUAUUAACAGAGUUCAAGAUACACAACAAAUGCUGGUGCUUCAUUUUAUAUCAUCUGGAAGGUAAAUGACUUCUUUGGACAUUUAAUUAACAGCUAACCGCAGUUGGUUUACAGCUAGCUAAAAUCUCUCAGCUAGUUGUAAACAAAGGGUCCGAGUUACACGUCGGGUCAUCGUUUCACGGACACUUUAGACUUUUUGUUUAACAGUGAGACUCCCGACAACCCUGAGAGAUGGAUUUAAAGACAGCCGUGUUUAACGCAGCCAGAGACGGGAAGCUCCGUCUUCUCCAGAAACUCCUGGAGAACAAAGAUGGACACGAGGUGACCAAGCUGAUGGGUGAGAAGACAAACGGAGCCACCCCGCUCCUCAUGGCCUCCCGGUACGGACACUUAGACCUUGUGGAGUAUCUGCUGGAGUGCUGCAGUGCUCCCGUCGAGGUCGGUGGGUCAGUGAACUUUGAUGGGGAGACCAUCGAGGGAGCGCCCCCUCUCUGGGCGGCCUCCGCUGCAGGUCACCUGAAGGUGGUCCAGUCUCUACUGGGCCAUGGAGCCUCUGUCAACAGCACGACCCUGACCAACUCGACGCCCCUGAGAGCAGCCUGUUUUGACGGACACCUAGACAUUGUUAAAUACCUGGUGGAGCACAAAGCUGACCUCGAGGUGGCCAACAGACACGGCCACACGUGUCUCAUGAUCUCCUGCUAUAAGGGACACAAGGACAUAGCGCAGUACCUGCUGGAGAAAGGAGCAGAUGUCAACAGGAAGAGUGUCAAAGGUGAGCUGGGGGCACAUUUACAGUUUAUUUAACCAGUGACCUCCUUUAGUAACCCUGAGAUAAGAGGGAAGGGUGAGGUGUUUUGUCUAAAGUUCAAUUAAACUGUGUCAAAUUAGAACAAAGAGAAAUAAAGUGACUAAGAUCUGGAGAGGUAAAAUGAUAAACGAUUAUAUCCAGGUCACUGUGCUUUAACAGCAGUGGACAACAAGAUGUCAUACAGCAUUAGCAUGUUUCUGUCUGAAAUGACUCAACAAAAUAACAUGAACAUCUGGUUUCACAAUGAAGGCUAUGAUGUCUGCAUUAUCUGAGAGUGAGCGUCUAUGGGUGUGUCUGAGAGAUCUUACUCUCCCAAGAUGGCAUCUUUAAAAUGCAUGACAAGCAGCGUCUAUGUGUUUUUAAUUAUUUUAGGACAGUUCCUUUUGUGUGCCAUAACACGCCCACGAAUGCUUCAAAGAAAAGCUCCAAAGCGAUACCCUGUAUUCAUUUACUACGAGUGUCAAACAUUCUGCCAUUGGAGAUGCCUUUUAAAAGGCUGGGAAAUGUGUGUUGUUCAGCUUUUGGUGGCACAAGCUGAUUCUUGAUGCAGUAAAGUUCUAUGUUGACCAAUUAUCAAUAGACUCUCUUAAGAUUCCACUUACAAAAUAACCCUUAAGGUCCUUACACAGCGGGACCUUUUUGCCGUGCGAUUAUUUUGGACGUCAGUAUUUUUUUUCCGAACCCAUAUCCUGUCAAUACAAGCGUUCACAUCAGCUAUGUUUUCUUGUCCUGCAAUAUUGCGGCAUUUAUUUUUUCCGAUCAUGGUCGAUUUUUCUAAAGUUUCACAUACUGUGUGUCCACUUCUGAUCCGUCAGAUUUCGUGUUGUUGCGACGUCUGAUUCACCGGUAUAUCCAACAUGGCCGACCGGCUGAUAGUUUACGUGUCGGAAACAGAGUGCUUUUUGAUAAAAGACACAAACAUUACAAAGAUAACAAUCUAAAGGACAGCUAGUGGAGAGUCAUGGCGUCGGAUCUCUCACAUGACAACGGUUUGUGUGCUUGAACAGUUUGCUAAAUGUCUUUAUUUUAACUUUCAUCUGUGCUAACAUAAGCUAAUGGUUGUUACCAUAGUUUCAUGUGCUUAUAUGGUACUGGCCCCGACUCAGUAUUUGCUAUCAUGACAGAAAGCCAUCUCAACACUAGAGUCUAAUCAAAACUGAAAACAAUCAGCGACCACGGUCCAGUUUCAGCUUCUGAACCAAGCAGUAAACUCACCAAGUUCUCUUCUUUUUUGUAAUAUCGCAUUCACCCAUGUGCUACUUUUCUUUUUCUUUUGAGAAAGCAAAAGGAGAACCAAUUCGCCAUCACUUGAAGUUGAAGAAGACUAAAUUUUUGUCCUCGUCCAGCUUUUCUAGCCAAUCGGAGGCAAAGGAGGCGGGACUUUCCCUGGGAAAAGUCUUCCCCGGGACGCGUCUUUUUCCCCCCGGAAAGUCGCAAAAUCGCAUCGGGCUUGAUGUGUAUAGUCAGGCGCGUCAAAAUUCUUGUCUGAAUAUUUCGUGAUUUCGUGUUCUAUAUUCGCGUCGGCCCCGGUGUGUAAGGACCCUAACCAUCAGUUUUGUGUAGAUGUUACUAUACUUAGGUUCUAGAAAACAUCUAUUGAUAACAAUCUCAGUCAGAUUUUUUUUGUGGUCAAGUAUCUCCCUAACCCUAACCCUAAAAUGUGUCCUCGCCUAGAAAUAAAGCUGCACACCAUCUAUUUUGUUUUAUUAGCGUGGUGAGGCUGCGUCUGAAAUGAGUGUUCAGGUGGAAGAGCAAACCAAAAGUUUCAAAAAGUGAAAAAAAAAACGGCUGUCUUACCUCAGAGAAAACCUAAAGUGACAAAUUCAACACCACUGUGAUCAUUUUUAUUGAAUUUUUGAUCUCAAAGACAUUGAUACAUCCCUUUUUUAAAGUCCAGAAUUGCCCACCUGCAAACUUGUAUUUUCCUCUACAUGACUUAUUUCCCCUUCUUCGCUUCAACUUCUCAUUGAAAUUUAGUUAAACAGUAUACCUUCUUUUCCUACAUUUGGAGUACAGUUAAGUGACACAGUUGUGUAUCAUCCAGCUAAUCGGAUAGUGUCACGGGUGGGGUAUCAGGUGAGGUAGAGUGAGAAGUAAAAACAGACCAGAGGGAAAGAUACACCAGCAGCAGAGCCAUCAGUAGAGUGCAGAUACAGAUUAUUGGUCAAAUGCCACAAUAAUUGACAAAGGCAGAUAAUCGGUCCACCCCUGUGUCAGAUACCUUGUGCAGAGAGUAAGAUUCGGUUAACCUGUAACACUGAAGUUAUGACUAAUUUUACCUGACAGCAAACUAGCGGGAGGCGGGUGUUCGACUGAGCACAAAUGACUGUGUGUACUUAAAAAUUUAGCCUGUCCACCUCAUGCUUGUUGAUUGAAGUGGAAAACACUCUUUCGAGCCCAUUCUUCAGACUGUUGCCUUUCCCGUAACAGCUGAACUAACAGGAAGGCGCAGAUGUUUAAUAUUAGAUAGGAAGUGGCACAUAUCCAAAAACAGGGGAUAUUGUUUUGUGGGGCAACAAGUUCUGUGAAAAAAGUCAAGAGAGCACAAUGAAAGCCGAUUUUGAAUGACUUAAAAAGCCACGGUCUGCUUUCUUCUUAGUCUCACACUUGUCAGUUUAUUUACUCUUCAGCAGAAUAACGCUUUGUGAGGUGACUCGACAAAUAGGCUUUAAGAUAUAUCCUUCUUUUUCUUCAGGGUUUAUGAAGUUCAUAGAUGAACUUGUUUUGUAAGCUUUCACAGAAGCUGGUUUGAAAGAUGGCCUGAAACCUAACAAUGUAAUUUGAUGGUACUGCUUUGGAUCAAACUAGGGCUGCACGAUAUAUCAUCGUCUUGGACAUUGUAACUGCGGUAUGAGCAUGUGCAGGAUGUGCAAUAUCAGUCCUAGCAUUACCUUAAGAUGUCACCUCUUCGUCAUUGCCUGAGAUUAAUAUAUAAUAAAUGUCUAUCAGAACUCACCUUCAGUCAGCUCCACAUUGAAACACAUGGAGACAUUGACCACUGUGCAGCCAGUGUCCUUAUGUGUCACAUCACCAUUGAAAUUCUACCUCUCUAGGUAGAGCAACAAUGUUUGCUUUUGGUGUCUACACCUACAGUGCAAGGAGCCUACAUUGUGGAGAUGUGAAAUACGGCUGGGCGAUAAACCAAAAAUUUACAGAUACCAAAAACAAUAACCGACGCAAUUUUGCUGAUGUCAAUAGAUUUAGUGUCAAAAAAAUAAAUAAAAGUUGGUUUUGGAUGUGUUAAGGUAGGCUAUGGUCUCAUGUCCCUUUUAGACGCUGUCCUAUGUUGGGAAUGUGACUCCACCCCAUCCAGUCCGUAACAAAGAGGGAAAGACAGGUGAAGAAUUAGAGGACAAUUUUAAAGUUGGAGCGGCGGCUAAAGUAGACUAAGUUAAUAUCGGAGGGGGUGAGCAGCUUGUGGAGUAGUUCUCGUCCGUUCGUCGUUAUCGAGGUGAACUUCCCAAUAUAUUGCGAUAUUGAUUUGAGGCUAUAUCGCCCAGCCCUAUGUGGAAAACUAUGUAGGUGACCGUGAGUUUUCAUUUGAAUAGAAGAACCACUAAAUAUACUUGAGGCACAGAUCAAACCAUUUUUACAUGGAAUAAAUUCAACUUGUUGAUCGUGUUAGUUGGUAAAGUUUAUGAAGCGUACCACUCCUCAUGUACUCUCACUUUCUCCAGUUGUUGCUCUUACUCGUGAUGCUGUCAGGGGAUUGGACACUUUGAUAUGAAGGGAGGGGGAUUUAAUUUGGAAGCAGAAACUUCACUAAAAUAGUUAUGAUUGUGUUUGCUAUAUUUAUCUGGUAUACAAGGUUCCGACACAGUUGGAAUUUCCAUAACCUACUUUUUAGAAAUGUUUUUGGAAAUACCUACUUUUUGAUUUUAGAAAACAGUAUUUUAUAACUGGUAAUAUAAUCUGUCAACAUAAGUGUUUUUCCAUACUUUGUUUUUCAUUUACCAUACUUUUUAAGACCUGGAAAUUGGUUCAAAUUACUUCCAUACUUUUCCAUACUUUCCAUACUUGCAAAGGAACCUGGGUAUAACUUUGUGAAAUAUACACAAAGUUAUGUGAGUAUACUUAGUGCUAAGUUUUUUUUUCCAAUAUUGUCCAGACCUAUAUCAAGCAGAAGUUAAUGUCUGGAGUCUAUAGAAAGAUUGACAGUUUUAUCAUUUCUGAGUAUUUUGUCAUCCACAUCCUAAACACAGUUUUCCUACUUUGCUAACUCAUCCGUCUCUAGCCAUCUCCAAUGAAGUAAGACAAAGGCCUCAGCACUACUGCCUUCAAUUUUCCCUUUUAGGGGUGAGCAGUAAAAAGAAUCUGCUCAGAGUAGUUUGGGCAACAACUGUAACAGCCUCAAACUAACUCUGCUUGUGCUUGUCACUGGAUUGAACAUAGAUUGACUUUGAAGAACUGAGAGUGGUUGGACUGGUGGCUAAUAGUGAAGGAUAAAGGAGAAGCGUGUAUGAGGUGUGUUGGCUUGAUUUAUUUUUAGACAUUGACUUGAACCGGUGUAGCCUUCUUUUUGAUGCAUCAGAUCAGGAAGUGCUCCCAUGGGACUGUGACUGCACAUGUUUAUCUCCAGGAAGUACCAGCUUUAGAAGUUUUUUUUAUUAAACAAUGUUUUUUUUUUUUUUCCGGAGGAUUGACCUGGAUUCCCAGGUUUGAGUGACCUAUUUUGGGAGACAAGGAUAAGGACGAUACGCUUGGGUAGUAUUUGACUCCCAGACUCUUGCAGUCAUUUUACAAGUUUUACAAGUCUAAGUUCUUGAGCUACUUGUCAUAACACAGUGCCUAAUGUGUUAUCCACAGUGCACAUACCUAAGAUUUCCUUGCCUUACACAUGAAUAACAGCAAAUAUGACAGAUGGCUAAAAUAUAUACCUGUGCACUAUAAGAAGUACCUCUCUGCUGGAGUGUAGUGUAAGAGAUGUUGUAUUUGAGUCUUAAUCUGGGUAAAGGUUACAAAUGUUGUAAAGAGGAUCUUGAUCUUAAGUUUCUUUACUCGGAUACAGAUUACAUUCCAGAUCAUCACCGAUAACUCAUAAAGUAGGUGAUCUUUGUCUCUUCUUCUGUGGUGAGAAAUUCAGAAGAAACUGUCUAUAUGUUUUUAGAAUGUAAUUUGAUUUACUAUGUGCCUCGCUUUUAACCCUGCUUUAAAUAUUGACUUAAAUUUCCCAACACUGUUAAAUUUUCUCAAAAAUAACCAGUUUUUUCCCCCAAACUAAUGACAGCAGAUCAAAUCCAAAACAGUUGAUAGCUGGUGUUUAAUAUCAAAACAGUUAAAAUGUGUAGAACGAUCAAGUCAUGUUACAAGUGAUAACCAAAUGUAUUUUUCUAUUUUAACAAAUUAAUUACAAACCCAUCAAUAACAUGUUAAGAUUUCAGAGUGUAAUGUGUAGGGCUGGGCAAUAUAGCCUCAAAUCAAUAUCACGAUAUCUUGAGCAGUUCACCUCGAUUACGAUAAAUGGACAAUAACUACUCCACAAGCUGCUCACUUUCUACCACAUUAACUUCGUCUACUAAAGCCGCCGCUCCAACUUUUGAACCGUCCUCCAUUUCCUCACCUGUCUUUCCCUCUUUAUUACAGACUGAAUGGGGUGGAGUCACGUCUCUAACAUAGGACAGCGUCUUAAAGGGACAUGAGACCAUAGCCUACCUACACGCAUCCAAAACCAACUUUUAUUUAUCUAUUUUUUAGACACCGAAUAUAUUGAGAUGGGCAAAAUGACGUUGGUUAUUGUCGUAAAUUUCUGUAUCGGUAAAUUUUCGGUUUAUCGCCCAGCCCUAGUACUGGGUAUGGAAUAACUGACAUACAUAACUUGUUUCUCAUUUCUUUUUGAUGUUUAUCAUUAAAUUCCCAAAACAACCACAACAAGGUGAUAUCAUCGUUAUACUGUAUACUAGCAAUCGGCUGAACUGCUGAAAGAACUAAUAUCAGUCUUCCUCUCAUUUUUACAUUACAUUGCCCAGUGUCCAAAGCAGGCAUGUUUUAGAGCAGUGUUGAUAUACCACAUAUGCAGCAGUCUGCAGCAGGUUUACACACAACACACCAGAGCCUACUCAAGCUUCUAUUUUCCAAACAAGCAGUGUUUGGAGUAACAUGCACCUGCUGUGAGCAUGAUUGUCCCUACCUGAAUGGGUAAUCACUGGGUGGAAGCGAGUUUAACACAAAGAUGUGAUGACAGCAUCCGCAGUACUCCAGGUAUCUGCAGCAGAGAAAAUCAAAUGUGCAGCAGACUAAACAUCUGCUCCAGCUUGAGCUUCCUGAUCUUUAUGAAGGGAGGAAAAAAGAUCUUUUGGUCACUAUUAAUCAGGGAAAAUUCAUUAAAAUAGGGUUUAAUAAAUUGAUUGGCAGUUUUCAAAUGAGUCUGAACCAGUAAUUUCAUUGCUGCUUUAUCAAAAGCUGUGGCUCAGAGGAUAAUAUCAAGUGUGUAUGUUGCCAAGGAUACUAUUACCUCUUCCUCUAGUAAUAUGGAUGUGUAAUCUUAGUUUAUUUCCAGAUUCUCUUGUUUUAUAUUCAUGUUUAUGUUCAUUCUAUUGGUUAAACAUGUGUCUAAAAUCCACUUUGGGUCUUGCACUCUUGUGUGUUCCUCUCCCUCCGUAGGUAACACAGCACUUCAUGACUGCGCAGAGUCCGGUAGUCUAGAGAUCAUGAGGAUGUUACUUCAGUACGGAGCAUCCAUGGAGCAGGAUGGCUACGGCAUGACUCCCUUACUCUCUGCCAGUGUCACGGGACACACUAAUAUCGUAGACGCCCUCACAGCGCAUCAUCAGGUCAGGGUUCUGGUCUCUGUAGAGCAGAGUUUGCAUACAUGUUUAAAUGUAAAUAUUUAAAUGUAGAUAAAUGUUAGUAAAAAAAAAUCAUUAUUAUUAUUAUGUUUCUCUGCAGACAAGCCACAAGGAACGAAUUGAUGCCCUAGAGCUCUUGGGAGCGACUUUUGUUGACAAGAAGAGAGACCUGCUGGGUGCUUUGAAGUACUGGAAGAGAGCUAUGGACCUCAGGUACACGGACAGUAACAACAUUGUCCACAAACCGGAACCCAAGCAGCUGAUCAUGGCAUACGACUACGCCAGAGAGGUGAGGAUCUGCUUCUUCAGGUUUAGCGUUGAAUACUCUCACAAUAUUUUUGCUGACUUUUUUAUGUGUAAAGGGAAAAAAAACACUUUUUUUCCAGCUGACUGCUUUAAAAAUGUAAGAAAAGCAUUGAAAGAUGGAUUAAGUCAAGAGUACAGGACAAAACUUGCUUAUUAAACAUAGAGGACACACAAAAAAGAUAUUUUUAUGCACAAAGAACACAGGCAAAAGUGUGUAAUAAUUGAGAACAGCAAAGUUUUACCAAGUUUUACAUGGUAAUUUUUGACUUUUUAAUCUUCGCUGUAGGUAACAAACAACGAGGAGCUGGAUGGGCUGAUAUCCGACCCAGAUGAGAUGCGCAUGCAGGCGCUUCUUAUUCGUGAGAGAAUACUCGGCCCACAACACCCGGACACAUCGUACUAUAUCCGGUACCGAGGCGCAGUCUACGCUGACUCUGGGAACUUUGAGCGCUGUAUCAAUCUUUGGAAGUAUGCGUUAGACAUGCAGCAGAGUAACCUGGACCCCCUGAGCCCCAUGACGGCCUCCAGCCUGCUAUCGUUUGCCGAGCUCUUCUCCUUCAUGCUGCAGGACAGGGCCAAGGGGCUGCUGGGGACAUCGGUGUCAUUUGAGGACUUGAUGGGGAUCCUUUCCAAGAGUGUGUUGGAGAUUGAGCGGGCAGUUAGACAAAACGGACCCAUGCCCCCUGACCCUGCGCAGCUUAGCAAGGCCCUGUCAAUCAUCCUGCACCUUAUCUGUCUUUUGGAAAAGGUGCCGUGUACCGCGGAGCAGGACCACUUCAAGAAGGAAACCAUCUAUAAGUGAGUUUCUUUUCAGUUACUAGUACAGGCAGUAAUGAUGUCCUUCUACAGAAUGGUCGAAGUAAUCUUAUUAAUGUAAAGAGACAUCUCAAAGCUGGCGAUAUAAAAGAAAACUGAUGUCUUUUGUGGUGGUUAUUUUCUCUGACCUCAUUUCUGCAAAUGUCUUUUUCAUGCUCUGCCAGUCAGGUUCUGAGAGCAAUUUUACAUCCCCCUCAUUUGGCAAAAAGCACCGUGUCAGUCUUACUCAAGAAAUCCUAUCAGCUUUUUUACAUAUAUUCCAUCAAACUCAUAUGUCUCAUGGUGGCCAGGGCCUUUUCGCUAUUUCUCGGCUGAAGACUUUGAACCUCCCUCUCUCUUUAGAUUCCUGAAGCUCCAGCCAUGUGGUAAAAACGGCUACAGUCCACUUCACCUGGCAGUCGACCGCAACACCACCUGCGUGGGCCGCUAUCCCGUCUGCAAGUUCCCCUCCCUCACAGUGGCCUCCAUCCUUCUUGAGUGCGGGGCGGAUGUGAAUAGCCGUGAUGAGGAUGACAACAGGUUUGUUUGAUGUUUUAACAGUUAUUGUGCUUCUGAGAAACAAAAGAGUAGUGAGUGAGCAACCAAGACUCAAAGAACAAACUCAUUCAGAGGCUUUUCUCUCAGUGUUUUAACUCAUCUGCUGUAUCUUUGCGACAUGACAAACUUACAUUUACAUAUUCCACGGCUCGACGGUGAGACCGUUUCACUCGCAUUUACGACUAAAAAUAGACGUGUGCGAAUUGUAAAAUGUAAUUAGGGGCGCAUGUGCACAAAGAAAAUCAGGCGAAGCAACAAAUGUUUUUUCAUGUAAAUACCGCGGUGAAGUUAGUUUUAGGUUUGAUAUCUACCAGUGUCUUCUCACUCUCCACAACUGGGAAUAGCAACAAUAACGCAGUUAAAUCUACUCGGCACCCUCGCUGUCAAAGUCGGGUGUUGAAUAAGGCAGUGGUUCUCAAGUCAAGUCCUCAAGCCCCCCCCUGUCCUGCAUGUUUUGGAUUUUUCCCUGCUCCAACACACCUGAUUCAAAUGAUCAGCUCGUUAUCAAGCUCUGCAAUGGCUUAAUAACGAGCUGAUCAUUUGAAUCAGGUGUGUUGGAGCAGGAAACAUCCAGAACAUGCAGGACAGUGGGGCCUUGAGGACCGAACUUAAGAGCCACUGGAGUAAGGGACCAUCAAUAAAUUUCCGGUUAAUGUUCUCGAAAAAGGCUGUUUCCGUUCAAAAGCUUCCAUGUCAUGUGACCAAUUUACCUAAAAUUGAUUUCAAAUAAAAGUACUAAGUUCGGACAAUGAGACACACCUUUUUAUUUCCCUAAUUUGUCCUAAAAAAAAUUUUGUGUUAAAUUUAAAGGCAAAUUUUGAACGAUCCAUGUCAUGUCAUGAGACCAACUGGCCUAAAAUCUAUUUCAAAUAAUAAGAAACACAUUAUUUGAUCAAUUUUCAUUGUGCCCCUAAAGCUCUUUGUGUGCUCCUUACUUUUUUAACUUAGGACCACAUGUGUGCUUAUUGUGAAAAAAGUUGGUGUCAAGUAGUGUUGUAGUCAAGACCGCACCAACCGAGACCAAGACAUUACCGAGACCAGAGAGGACCGAGACCGAGCGAAAAUGCCUUCGAUUCCGAGACGACAUCAAGACCGUCAAAAAAUAGUUUCGAGACCAAGACCGAUCUCGAGUACUACAACACUACUGUAUGGUAACCAUUAGCUUACCUGUCUUUAUGCCUCCUCUUGAGGUGACGGUUAAAGUUUGAAGUCGUACCAGCUGUUUCUGGGAGUUGUGCACUGCAGAGUUUGCACACUGUCGAGUGUUUUCGCUUGCAUGUCGUUUUACAGAUAAACUCCUUGUAGUUUAGGAAACCAAACUUGGUUAUUACUGAGUUGGCCGGGUGCCGAGCAUGAACAUAGCCUCUCCUCCUGUCGCCUCCAUCCUCUCUCUGUAUGGAGGGGGUGUAUCAGUCACUCAGACUGUGUGACACUGGGCAGGUAACUUAGCUCGACCGGUCUCGUUCAAAACACUCUGAGACCGAGACAAAACCGAGUGAAAAUGCCUUCGAUUCCGAGACGACACCAAGACCCUCAAAAAAUGACCCUCAAGACCGAUCUCGAGUACUACAACACUAGUGUCAAGCCCUGUAUUCUAUAACAUAAUCUGACACAGAUUUAUUUUGUCCAUCCCCACCAGCCCCCUUCAUAUAGCCGCAUCCAAUGGUCACCCUGACAUCAUGAACCUGCUGAUUUCAUGUGGGACUCACUUCGACAGCACCAACGCCUUCCAACAAACAGCCUGGGACCUCCUGGAUGAGAAGGAGCUGUCUAGGAAUGUUAUCCAGCCCAUAAACCACACCACGCUGCAGUGCCUCGCCGCCAGGGCCAUCAUCAAGCACAGCCUAGAAUACCGAGGAAACAUCCCAGAGAAACUGGAGGCCUUCGUUUUACUCCACAGAUAAUGAUAGUGAAGGAGAAGAAAGUGGGCGGGGAGGGGGGGGCGUGUGAUAAUAUUUGAGUGGACUGGACAAAACUGAGGAGUGCUAUAGUUUCAACACCUGGCCCACAAGGUGUUGGAGGAGCUGGAUUUUGUGGGUUAGUUUUGCAUAUUCGAACUAUUGUGAGAUUCUGAUUUUGUUUGAACAAAAAUUCAACAGGAAAUAACUGCGGAGCGAGUGGAGUAAAAGGAGGAAUGAGUUUACAUUUUCACCCCCCCACUCUUUGCUCUCUGAUGGAGCCACAGUUCUAACUGUUCACAGCCUGUUCUGUUGGAGAUGUAUGUAGAGUAAAUCGCAACAUGGACAAACACAGUUGUAUCUCUGGAUAAACUGAGCAAGGGUUUACAUAAUUUUGCUUCAUAAAAAAAUAGAUUUUUUUUUGCAUAUUCCACUAUGCUAUUUAUUGAAUGAAACUUGAGAGAUUUUUCUCCAUGCUGGCUCGAACCUGGCCUCGACUUUGCCUGCUUCUCUCUUCUCAAAGCAAUGAUCGAGGCAUUUCUCAGAUGCUGGGACUUCAGGUUUUUUUUCCCUUUUUUUUUGGUCCUAUCACUGUCGCCAACAGUUUAAGGACCCUUACUCAGUUAUCAUUAGAUUACUCCUUUUUUUUUGUACUUUUACAAUACAUUUAGUUAUUGUCAUGCAAAUCUGGAUCUGCCAAGUGGUGUGGAGCCGAGACUCAUUUGUCUUUCCCACUUUAAGUGUAUAACAAAGCUUUAUGAGAGGGGUUAAAUGUCUGCGAACACCAUAAGUGCUUUAUUCUUCCUAUGCACAGGCUAGGCUGUUGGAAAGAGACUGUUGUAUUCUGUGCCGGCACUCGUCUGUGCAAUAUCUCUCAUGAGUUUUUUUGUGUUUACCUCAUUGCUGCCGUUUCCUGAGUGUCCCCUCGCUCUGCUCAAAGAAGGGAGAGGGGGCGCAGAACCAUUGUACUGAUUAUCAAAAGAUGAGUGAAUGAGUUUGAUUGAUUGAGUAUGUUUGUGUUAGUUAAGGGGUGAGUGUUUUCAUUUUAUUUUAUUUUUUGAGCUUACAUAACUAAGUGAGGACAAGAAUUUGGUGAAGUGGCACUCAUGGAGAUUCCAUAAUGCACAUGACUGCCACAAGAAACCACAGCAGCCAAACUAACUGUCUACAACAGCCUGAGAGUGUGUGGGCUUGUACACAGAAGUGACCUCUUUACCUUCGAAAACAUGGCUGACCUUUAAUGCCAUCUGUCUUUUUAAUAAUCAUCAUGCCCGAAAAAGAAAAAUCUGGAUAGGUUACCAACACGGCCCACUGUGCAUGUGCAGCAGCAGCAGCAGCAUAUCAACCAAGCGAUCGCCGCAGAAAAGCUUUCAUUUGAUCAUUUUGUACAACUGUCAGCCAUUUCUGUGAGAAGUGAAGACGGAUGAGUGGGAGGACACCUCUACAUACACAAUAGUACAGCUUUGUGAGAUAUCUUGUUUGCACAUUAGCUUUAGAUGUGUGGGUUGAUGAGAAAAAAGGGCUUUUCAUAAUUUGUAGGAUUUCAUAUUGCAGUCUGUUAAACCUGACAGUUCGAAACCAGACAUAGAAAACAUACGAGGACUCCCAGGGCAAUUUGAUUUGAAUCUGCACUUUACUACAGCGGAGUUUAAGAUUUGAUAUGGCAUUAAUCAAGUUCAUGUCUUAAUAACCAGUUUGACAAUAAACCCAUGUUGCACUUGUCUCCUUGUCA